AAAUAAUUUUUGACAUGGUCCCGGGAAAUUUCAAUAAGUUGUUUUAUUUUUAGACACAAAGCAGAAAGCAGAGCAUAUUCUUUCUUAUGGUUAAUAUUUAUUUGCACGUCGUUAAAGCAUUGGACUCGUCGAUGUCUGAAAAGCCGUCUUUUAUCCAACUUCUCCGGGGAUUCUCAGUCUUUUUUUCUUUCUUAUAAAAUAGAUUUGUCAACAGAGAGAGAAACAGAGCACUCACUGUAGAUCCAAUCAUGGACACAACUACCACUCCUCUGCUCCCCGGUGAUCGCAGCCGAUGCGGGUGGCUCCGCCGUCGCCUCCGUCUCAAAAACCCUCUUUCUUCUGAACUCUCCGGCGCUGUCGGUGAUCUCGGCACCUUCAUCCCCAUCGUCCUUACACUAACUCUAGUCUCCAACCUCGAUCUCUCCACCACUCUCAUCUUCACAGGUUUCUACAACAUCGCCACCGGUCUUCUCUUCGACAUCCCUAUGCCCGUCCAGCCCAUGAAAUCCAUCGCCGCCGUCGCUGUCUCCGAAUCCCCACAUCUAACUCCUUCUCAGAUUGCCGCCGCCGGAGCAUCCACUGCCGCCACGCUUCUCCUCCUUGGCGCCACCGGAGCCAUGUCUUUCCUCUACAACCUCAUCCCUCUCCCAGUCGUACGCGGCGUCCAGCUUUCUCAGGGUCUUCAGUUCGCCUUCACCGCCAUCAAAUACGUCAGGUUUAAUUACGACGCUGCCACUCUCAAACCCUCUUCUUCUCCUCGUACUUGGCUUGGCCUCGACGGCCUUAUCUUGGCUCUAGCUGCUCUGCUCUUCAUCAUUUUGUCCACCGGCUCUGGCAACGACAGAGACCUCCAAGAUGGAGAUUUUGCCGAGACCUCAAGCAACGAAAGCCAGUCUCGCCGGAGAAGACUGCGUCUUCUGUCUUCAAUUCCAUCAGCGCUAAUCGUGUUCGCUAUCGGGUUGGUUCUCUGUUUCAUACGCGAUCCAUCCAUUUUCAAAGACCUUAAAUUCGGUCCCUCGAAAUUCCACAUUCUGAGAAUCACUUGGGAUGAUUGGAAAAUCGGGUUUGUGAGGGCGGCGAUUCCUCAGAUUCCACUCUCUGUACUGAACUCAGUGAUCGCCGUUUGCAAACUAUCCAACGACUUGUUCGACAAGGAACUCUCCGCGACUACAGUGUCCAUCAGCGUUGGGGUGAUCAACUUAAUCGGGUGCUGGUUUGGUGCUAUGCCUGUCUGUCAUGGUGCUGGCGGGUUAGCUGGGCAGUACCGAUUCGGGGCAAGGAGUGGAUUGUCUGUUAUCUUUCUCGGGAUCGGGAAACUGAUUGUGGGUCUGGUGUUUGGAAACUCGUUUGUAAGGAUUCUGAGCCAGUUUCCGAUUGGAAUUUUGGGGGUUCUGUUGCUAUUCGCGGGAAUCGAACUGGCAAUGGCUUCCAAAGACAUGAACUCCAAAGAAGAUUCCUUCAUCAUGUUGGUCUGCGCUGCUGUGUCGAUGACUGGCUCGAGUGCAGCCUUAGGAUUUGGGUGUGGAGUUGUUCUUUACUUGUUACUGAAGCUAAGAACGUUAGACUGUUCUUCGGUAACUCUGUUUUCCCGGUCAAGUGAUGGAUCGCAGGUACCUCGUGAUGUCUAAGUUUGACCAACCCAAAUGACUUGAUGAAGAAGUACCUAUGUCGAAACGGCUUCGAGUGCGUCUUCUGUCUUCGAUUCAUCGGGUUGGUGCCCUGUUUCGUCGAGUGUAUUGAGAUGUGAAACCAUUAAUCAAUGUUUUCAUUGCUCAACUUUGUGCUUAACAUUAUAAUAAUCUGGUAUAAUUAAGGACUAA